AUGUCGGACAGUAUUCCCACCAUCUUAGGGACGUUAAGACACGAGUCUGAUCCUCAACUGUCUAGUCUAUUUUACGAGUUUGAGAGCCUUUAUGAUCAAAAACUAUGGCAUCAGUUAACAGAAAAGUUAGAAGUGUUCUUCCAGGAUGAGAAGUCAUCCCCUCUUCGUCUUAGGGUUUAUGAGAAUUUUGUUUCCAAAUUCCAGGAUAAGGUAAACCAAUUGAAGCUGGUGAAUUUCUUACUUCUUUCCCUUAAGGCCAAUGACGACAUCCAGGCGUCUUUCGAGUAUCUUAGCGACUUGCGCAAAACCUUCAAGGAUAUAGAUGAGAAAAAGCAGAGAAAUGACGGCUUGAAGUCACAUUACGAUGGCAUUUUACUCAUAGAUAUCGAACUCGCGAGGAUACAAUUGAUACAAGGUAAUUUGGUGAAAGCCAGAGACGCUCUCGAUGAAAUUGAGGCUGUUCUUGAAGCUCAAGAUUCUUUACCCCUACGGGUUACGAGCGCAUUUUAUUCAGCAAGUGCAGAAUACUACAGUGUCAAAAAGGACUUCAAUUCUUUUUAUUACACCAGCUUGUUGUAUUUAUCCACAGCUGAAAGUUCUCAAUCUGACCAGGAAUUUUCCGACAUUAAACGCCAGGAACUUGCCUAUAACCUGUGCAUUGCUGCUCUACUGGGUGACAAAAUCUACAAUUUUGGCGAGCUGCUGAAUCACCCGAUCAUGGAAAGCAUAUCCUCAGAUCCUCAAUACGAAUGGCUAUUUCAAUUUUUGAACACGCUUUCCAGUGGUGAUUUCAAGAAGUUUGAUGAGCUUUCCAAAGAGCGGGUUCCUCAGGUGCCUGUCCUCUCUACACAUGAAUCAUUUUUGAGGCAGAAAAUUUGUUUGAUGACUUUAGUUGAAAAUGUGUUCGUUAAAAACAUCAGGACUCUCUCCUUUGAUGACAUCGCCACUGCUACGCAACUGCCUAAAGAUAAUGUAGAACAUCUUGUUAUGAGAAGUAUCAGUUUGGAUCUUUUGAAAGGCUCCAUUGACCAGGUGAAUGAACUAGUUACGAUUACAUGGGUACAACCACGUAUUAUCAAUGCCGAUCAAAUCAACAAAAUGAAAGAGCGACUUGUGGAAUGGAAUGAAGAAGUUAGCAAGCUGGGAGAGAAAAUUGAGUCUCGUGGGAAAAGUAUCUGGGUUUGA